CUGCAUGUCUGACUUAUUUUACAGUCUUGUUUUACAGCUCUUUCUCAGGAGAUUUGGUUGGAUCAGUGAGUCUCUGAUUCCUCUCUGGAGUGAAUAGCUGUUUGUCUCAGUGUGUUGGACCUGUGAUGGGCUGGUGACCUGUCCAGGUGGACCCUGCCUUUCUUCUGGUAACUCCCCGUGACCCUGGAGGGACAUAGAAUAUGUUUGGAUGAGUUAAAUCGUACAUUUCAUGCCAGGUGGACGUGUUUCCUCUCUUCUCGUGGUGUAGCAUCAACCAUGCUGUGUGUAUACUUUCUGCUAGCGUUGAUUGACUCAGUUAGAUGCUACAGUAGUGGGAAAGUGAGCGUUGCUUGUGGAAAUAUGGUACCUCAACAUGGUUAUAAACCCAGACAAGAUUCUCCUCCUUACCGCUUCUCUCUGGAUAAAUCCACUUUUAGUCCAGGUGACCGCAUUACAGUGUCCCUACAAACAGCCUCCUCCAGGCCCAUAUUCUUCCGGGGAUUCCUGAUAGAAGCUCGGGAUGCUGCUAACCUCAACUCCCCAGCAGUAGGAUUCUUCAAGCUGACAGACUCACAUGAAGCUCGGCUGCUGACGUGCGACCACACUCAGGGAUCUGCUCUGAGCCACAAGGGAAGCUCCAGAAAAACGUACAUUCAGGCAGUUUGGGUGUCUCCACAAAACCCUCCGCCAGUGGUUCAGUUUCUAGUGACCGUGGUGCAGGAGUAUAAGGUUUACUGGGUGUGGACUGCAGAUCCUGUGGUGUCUUUAAGAGGCGCCACUCCUUGUCUCCCCACUGUUGCUCCUGCAGAAACCACCACUGCUUUGUCUUCUCCGUUCAGCUCUGUGGGAUGUGGCCACAGUAAAUCCUGCCUCAGAGACCCCGUGGACUGUCACCCUGAGUCAGACCCCCACUGUUUCUUCCUGUCAUUUACCACUGAUGGAUCCGGACACAGUGGGAUGUUUGAACUCAGCGGGCCUGCAGAAGGUUAUCUCUCAUUUGCCCUGUCUCUGGACAAAUGGAUGGGGAAUGAUGACAUGUAUCUGUGCAUAAAUAACGGAGGCAGAGUUACCAUCAGUGCUGCAUACUCCUCCGGACGAACAUACCCUGAGUUAGAAGCAGAGGACAAUCUGUGGGGUCAAACCUCGAGGAUGGCUGAAGGAGUCAUCCAAUGCCGUUUCCAUAGAAACAGCAUCCUUCCUAACAGAUUUAACUUGAACCAGAGCUACUACAUAUUUCUUGCACAUGGCAGAUCUCACCAAGGCUUUAUUCACCGACAUGAGCGUCAGCCCCUUAUCUCCUCCAGUCAGAAGGUGAUUACUGGAUUUCCAGAGGAUUUACGAGGCUCCCGCUCCCCUCUGCUGAUCAAGAUUCAUGGUGUGUUGAUGCUGACUGCCUGGAUGUGGACUGUAAACACAGCUGUCUUCAUCGCUCGCCACUACAAACAGCUCGAUGCGAUUCUGCUGGGACAAAGGCUCUGGUUUCAGCUUCAUCGGACCAUGAUGGUGCUGUCUGUAGUCCUGACUGGUGUGGCUUUCAUCUUGCCUUUCAUAUACAGGAGGGGCUGGAGCAAGUCUGCAGGUUCUCAUCCCUACAUCGGCUGUGCUGUCAUCACACUGUCUGUCAUCCAGGCAGGUAUGGCAGUUCUUAGACCGUCUCCACGAUCCUCCAGAAGGAUCAUCUUCACCAGGAUGCACUUGGCAGUGGGCACUAUUACUCAGAUUCUCGCUGUGGUGUGCGUGUUCCUGGCUUUUAAUCAGCAGCUCCUACUUUUACCCAGUCCUUGGUCCCCUGCAGUGCUGGCUGGCUGGUUACUGUGGAUCUUACUGGCAGACCUCCUGCUACUAAUCCACACCUACAGAAUCAGGAGUAAAGGAAGCAGCGACACAGAUGAAACAGACAUUAUUAUGAUGGAGAGGCAGCAGCGUGAAGAGAUCGCUAAAGUCCAGAAGAUGGUGCUGCUUGUGUUCCUGAUUGGAAAUACAGCUUUCUGGGCUGCAUUUGUGAAUUUCAUUGCAAAUGUGUGAUUAUGACCAGCAGUUUUUAUCUUUGUCUUGUAUCUGUGAUUUAUAUAUUUCUGUACUGUAGGGUUAACAGUCAUGAUAAUGUAAUUACUGAGUGUUGCAUGAGCCUGAGUUACGCUCUGUUAGCAUGCUUUCUUCUCAUCACCAGCAGCUAAAGAAAACAGUUUUUAUUCACAUUUCUUUUUUCAAAUGGCUUAUCUCCAAAGGAUCGUCUUGUGCAACCUACAAGCUAAAUACUAUAUUUGCACCUAAAUAAAGCGCCUCAGCAGAUCAGAAAAAAAGGCAGUCAGUUUCCUUCAUAUAUACUUUUAUUGUUGCACUCACCUCUUUAAUACACAAAAGAAUACACAGUGAAAAGCCCCUGCAUAUUUAGUCUUAAAGAGCCCAAUUAUCCCCCCAAAAGCCACGCUAGGGACGAUCCACAAAACACCAGCAAGCAGCAGCAGCAGCAGUGGUAGUAGUAGUAGUAGUAGUAGUAGUAGAAGUAGCAGUAGUAGUAGUAGUAGUAGUAGUAGCAGUAAGCUCUACUUCAACAGGCAUACAAACAGGAAAUGCAAAAGGAAGCAGUUUAAAGAAUCUAUGGUCCAGAAACUACCGAGCUUUGAUUAACAGCUUUUUAGAGAAGUAAGAAACAUCGAGGUCAUGUAAAUAACAAUAAUACGCAUCUUUUUUUUUUCUUGUAUUAAAAUAGUUUUCAUUCCUGUUGGAAAACGUGGUCAUGUUCUUUAUUAAAUAGUCUGCAUUUGACUUCUCUUUCAUAUCUUUUAUUUAUAGCAAAUAUCAAGUAAAUAAAUGUCUGAAAAUCUGUGUUAUUAGGAAUAUUCAUGCUUUUAAUCUUGACAUGGACAUUUUGAUCCGAACGAGUUCCCUGUUGAAAAAUAUCUUUAUUUGCUGGCCCUGAAUGAUGCGACACCAGCUCAGACAAUAAAGAAGUACCCAUACGUAUAAUCUCUGAUACAACUACAAAAUUAAAUAAGUGUUUGUUUUUAUUCCCUUUUAAAUUAAGCAGUAUUUUUUUUCUAUGAAAUGUGUGUAUAUAAUUUGUAUGUUUAUGUCCACCCAGCCCACCCUGCAGUUACAACAGAAAAGCAUAUAUACACCAAGCAACAUGUGGGAGCUUUUUCUUUUCAUUAAGACUCACAGAAACACCAAAAAUAUCAUUUCAAAUAUGCUUUCAUCUGUAUUGUCAAGAAAAUUUAGCAAAAAGUGAAUCUACAUUACAGCAGUCAGAUACAUUCAAGUUUCAUCUCUAAUAAUAUCACAUGUAUGCUCUGCUGAAGCAGUUCUUAGCCCAGAAUCCUUCCUACUGGCCACGCUGCAACGAAAUCCACACGCUAGCUUAAAAAUCUAUUAGAGUGCAGUUAAAACGGUGUUAAAAGCUAAAUUUAUCCUGGUGUGUCCCUGCUGCAGUCACACAGAGAUAAGUCGUCUGUCUUAUUUACAACAUAAAAUAACAUCAAGGGUAAUGAAAAUGAUAAACCAUCAUAGCCUGUAAUCAUCAGAGGUCUUCAGCUCCCCUCAGCUCUCAUUAUUUUAG